GUCAAAACGUUCUCGCGCGAGGACUGGCAUCUUGACUCGCAUGAGUUUGCCUGCGGCAUUCCUCCGCUGACUUCGCUAGGUUUCGUUGGUACUCCUAUCCUUCCCACCACUCCCCUCAGCGAGAAGUGUCAGAACAGAAUGCACACCUCUUUGCAGCGGCUCUCGCUGGAAGAAGCCUCCGGGAUGAAGCUGACGGUCACUCAGGGGGUCGCACAAGUGGCGGCCGAUAUGUUGCAACAGGCCAUCUACUGCUUUUCUCUCUGGGUUGGCUUAGUUUGGGUCAACGUCGACUCCUCAGCUGCGGAGAUGACUUCCUUCCUGCUGCUCGUGAGCAAGCUGGGCCACCAAGUCAAUAGCUUCAAGGCCCAGGUCGAGGACUUGUUCAAUCGUUCCGACAACUUAGCCGAGCACUUCGAGUUCUUGGACCAGCAGCCCAAGAUUUUCCCAGGCACUUAUGAUGGCCCAGUGAGCGGGGAAGUGAAAUUCGAGGACGUUUCCUUUGCUUAUCCCACGCGCCCAGAGCAGAAAGUGCUCCAUAAGCUCUCCAUGGAGCUGCAACCUGGAAAGACCACGGCCCUGGUUGGCGCCUCCGGAUCGGGCAAGAGUACCACCGUGCAGCUUAUCUUCCGGUACUACGAUCCCCUGGCUGGUGCUAUUCUUAUCGAUGGAGUUCCAAUGAAGGACUGGGACCUGACCCACCUUCACCGGCACAUGGCGCUCGUUGCACAGGAGCCCGUGCUCUUCAACACCUCCGUGCGGCAAAAUUUGCUGUAUGGCUUGCCGCAGUGCCGCAUCGAUUCGGAUCCCAAGGAUUUCGAGGAUCAAGUCAUCGAAGCUGCGAAAGCAGCUUGUGCACACGACUUCAUCAUGGGUUUUCCGGGUGGUUACGACACGAACGUCGGCGAUCGGGGUGGCCAGGUGUCGGGCGGGCAGAAGCAACGCCUCUCUGUCGCCCGCGCCAUCCUCUUGAAGCCAAGGAUCCUGGUGCUGGACGAGGCCACAAGCGCCCUGGACGCCGAAAGCGAGUCCAUCGUCCAAGAGGCUCUCGACCGACUUGUGGCAAGUAGCGGAAGCAGUGUGAUGGUCAUCGCCCAUCGCCUGUCCACCGUUCGCAAUGCUGAUGAGAUCAUCUGCCUGCGAGAAGGCCACGUUGUAGAGCGCGGAUCCUCGAAGGAGCUCAUGGAGCUGAGAGGCUACUACUACACACUUGUGGAGAAGCAAGCUGUGACCUUGGAUGAUAUCGGUGGCGCCAAUGCGGAGAUAGAUCGUUGUUUGAAAUCCAGAAGCAAAGUUAUGGAUUCAGAGGCUAAUGUACAGGAAAGCACGGCCACGGAGAAAUCGUCCUGGGCCGCAAGCAUUUUGCUGCUUGCAGACGCGAUCCGCCAGAAUGUCGACAAGGAGCUGGCCCCGUCGCAUGGCCCUUUUUUGGCUGGGGAGUUGCAUCUCGGUACAGCUUGGUUUGCCAAAGCGAUGGCAGGAGCUCAUGGCGCCAUGGACGGUGCACCGGUCCUUUGGCAGCUUCGCAUCCGAGUUCCUCCGUGGGAGCUUCGGUUGCAGUGGGCCCUAGGCCUGAAGGGUGCCAAAGGAGAAGCUGCGCGCUCCCUCUUCUUUUCAGGAACCGCGGAGGGAGCGAAUCUGAGCUCGACCCUGAACGGCUCGCCAUGCAUCUCUGCAGACCUUGCAAUUUUCAUCUUUCAAUUUUGGGUCCUAAGGUAUCGUCGGGGACCUGCCAUCCGUCAGCCGGACUUAAGCAAUCUGAGCGCUGCAUGCCGUCGGCAGCUGGGAGGUCUCGUCCGGGACCUUAGGAAGAAAUGCGCUGAGACGCAGGACGAAGCGGCGGAAAAGGACACCAGCGAAAGCUCCUUACAAUCGUUCGAGGGUACUUUCAGCUGUGAAACCAGUACGUGGGACCUCUUCACCUGGGGCGAGGCCCUGGCGGAGGCCUUGAGCGUCUCAAGCCCGGAGCUCGAGGCCUUGCGGGGAAGCGACGUCCCUGUCGAGGCAGAGAAGGCCCUGGAGAGGUUGGCUUCGUGGUUCCAGCCGCUCGCCAAUGCGCCCAGGGACGCGCUGCUUUGGGCGGGCUUCUGGGACGGAGAGCCAACGGGCCGUGCCAGUAAGACCGCCCUGUUGAAGUUCGCUGACUUGAUGGAAAGACAGACGCUUCAUCCGAGCACCCCGCUCGGGAGCCUCAUCAGUAAGUGGGAAGAUCUGAAUCACUGCUACGACACCUCCGAUGGAAGGGAUCUCACGAAGAACUUCUGGAGCUUUGCCAGCCUCUCCUUCGUCGCCGGGUUAGCACUCGUCCGGCAGCAAGGGGUCCUGUCCUUGGUCAACAAAGAUAUGCGAGGCCCACGCAACCUAGGCGAGUCAGUGCUUGCGAAACACGAAAUCCCCAGCAUCGGCCUCGCGAUCAUCGAAGCCGACUGGGCGCCUCAUGUAGUGCUCGUGGAUCUGAAGGGUGCCUGCAAUGUGACCAGCAGCUUCCUGCAAUCGCAGCUGCUGCCAUCACGGCACUUUCUGGUUGACCUGGAUUCCUUGGACUCCAUUCGACUCCUCAAGCCGUUCAAGAGGAUGCGCUGGACUUGCGUCGACUGUACAGAGGCCUCCGGCUGCAGCCUUGACGAACGACUUGCGACCUUCAUCCAGAAGGAGCUGCGGUCGAAGCCAGACGGGAUCUGA